UUAUAGACAUAAUUUACAUACAAUUUUUCAAAAUUAAACCUUUUCAAAACCCUAAGCUUCCUUCUUCUCUCAAUCGGGGGAUUCAUGGAUCGCUUCAAAUCAGUUCUCUCCGAGUACGAUCAUGAACAACAACCAGAUGAACCCAUAGCUUCGUCGUCUUCUUCUUCAUGGAGCUUCGGCAAUCUAAUCAAAACCCUAGCGACAAAAUCCGAAUCUGUUAUCGGAUCAUACCGCCGCGAUUUCGAGGAAUUCGGAUCCGAGUUGAGGAAAGAAACCUCCAUAAUCCGACAAGUAGCUUCGAGAUUACCCGAUUCCCUCGAGAUCGGCGCCUCCGUCGCUUCAGAGUCGCUCGAAUCCGUUGGUCAAGCCAUCGACGAUAUCGGCGCCUCCGUGUGGAAAUCAACGGCCAGGAUCAUCUCUCAUGGUAAGGAGUCUCUGAAAAAACCACCACAAGGCUCCGAUCGCUCCGAUCGUAACCUUAGCUUACCUGUGAAACCCUAUAGUCGUUUCGAGAUGAUGUUGCUUGCGAUACAAUCUGAUCAAGGCACGUUCGUUAGAGAGCCCGAUGAUUUAGUUGAUUUUGAGAAUUGGAGUUUAGGGUUUAAGUUAGAGGGGAGAAGGAAUGAGAUUGUUGGUUUAUUUAAUGAGAACAAAGGUGUUAAAGAGAUCUAUGAGGAGAUUGUUCCUGCUCAAGUUGAUGCUGAGACUUUUUGGAGGAGGUAUUUUUAUAGAGUGUAUAAGCUUGAGCUUGUUGAAGAAGCUAGGGUUAGGCUUGUGAAUAGAGCUAUUUCUGGCGAAGAAGAGGAGGAUUUGAGCUGGGAUCUUGAUGAUGAUGAUGAGACUAGUGGUCAGACUUUGUUGAAUCCAGAUUCAGAGACUGUGUUUUUGGAGGAGGAUAAGGUCGGGAGCAGAGCAGUUUCGUCUAAGGAUAGCGAUAUCUCGGUGAUUUCGACGCAGCCUUCGUUACCUGAGGUUGAAGAUCUUGGGUGGGAUAAGAUGGAAGAAGAUAUCAGGAGCAAUGAGGGUAGGAGUUUGGAGGCUGGUCAAGGGUCUGAGGAGAAGCCUGGUUGGCGAAGACGGGUCAGUGUAGCAACAGAUGAAGACGAGGAUUUAUCUUGGGAUAUUGAAGAUGAAGAUGAUGACUCUUUAAAACAAUAAACAGAGGCUUACUUGUGUUGGCAAGAUUAGUGUGAUCAAUGCUGAAGAUGGUUGGUUAGUUUACUAAAACAAGAAUUGCAAAGCUUUCUUUUUAUACAUGUUUAUUAUUAUCGUGAACAAUUUGCACAUAAAUACAUAAAAUGCAUAUA